AUGCUCUCACGAGUAAGUGGUCGUUGUUCAUCUGUCUCAGCUGUCCGAUGUGCCAGCGGAAUUGCUUCCCAAGAGCCAUCGGGGCCUGCAGUUCGAACUGCUUUCCCCGGACCAAAGUCUCAAGAAUUGAAGAAGAAGAUGGAUCCCGUUCACCAAACUACCUCUGUUCGUGUCUUCGUUGAUUAUGAGAAGUCCUUUGGAAACUAUGUAGUCGAUGCUGAUGGUAACACUCUUCUCGAUGUGUACACCCAAAUCUCUUCCCUACCACUUGGAUAUAAUCAUCCAGAUUUGGUGAAGGUUGCGAGCUCUGAUAAGCUGAUUACUUCUUUGGUUUCUCGUCCAGCUCUUGGAUCUUUCCCACGUACAGAUUUCGCUGAUGGAAUUAGCCAUGCCCUCACAUCCAUUGCUCCCAAGGGACUUAAGGCUGUCCAAACAAUGCUUUGCGGAACUUCAGCUAAUGAAAAUGCGAUUAAGACUGCCUUCAUCUGGUAUAUGACUCAAAGACGCGGUGGAAACCCCCCUGAUCAAGCACACUUGGAUAGUUGUAUGUCUCAGAAGAAGCCAGGAACACCAAGCUUAUCUGUUCUUGGAUUCCAAGGUGCAUUCCAUGGAAGAUCUCUGUGCAUGCUUUCUGUGACUAGAAGCAAGGCCGUUCAUAAGGUUGAUAUUCCCGCUCAUGAUUGGCCAAUUGCCAAAUUCCCACGCUACAAAUAUCCUCUAGCGGAUAACAAAGCUUACAAUGACCAGCAGGAUAAGGAAUGCUUAAAGGAUGUCGAAGAGAAAAUUGUUGAAUGGAAGAAGAAGGACAACGAUGUUGCUGCUAUCAUUGUUGAACCAAUUCAAGCUGAGGGUGGAGAUCAUUAUGGUAGCCCUCAAUUUUUCCAAGGAUUAAGAGACAUUACCAAGAAUAAUGGAAUUGUCUUCAUAGUUGACGAAGUUCAAACUGGUGGUGGAGCUACUGGAGAUGUUUGGGCUCACCAGCAUUGGAAUCUGUCUUCUCCCCCAGAUAUUGUAACUUUCUCUAAGAAGUUGUUGACUGGAGGAUACUUCUAUUCUGAACAUUUACGUAUCAAGGAGCCAUACAGAAUUUACAACACAUGGAUGGGUGAUCCAACUAAACUUUUCCUCUUAGAGAAAGCUAUUGAAGUUAUUAAGAGAGAUAACCUCGUCCAAAAAUCCAAGGAUGUUGGAGCUGUUUUCCAGAAAAAAUUGGCCGAACUCCAGGCUUCUCAUUCCGAUAAACUUUCCCAAGCUAGAGGACUAGGAACUUUUGCUGCUAUUGAUCUUCCAACACCCGCGCUCAGAGAUCAACUUGUUGAUAAAGCAAUCAGUGUCGGAUUACAUUGCGGUGGAUGUGGAGAUCGUUCUCUUCGUUUCAGACCUUCUUUGGUAUACGAGAAGAAACAUGCCGAUCUUACUUUUGAACUUUUGGAUAAAGCUCUCAAGCAACUCUAA